ACGAUGCUCGACAAAAUGGCACGUGCUGAAAAUGUUGUUGGAGAGCUGACCCUUGUUCUCGGGAUAAAGGAGGGGAUGAUCCCAGUUGUCAAAGAUGCAGCUGCAUUGGCUAUGUCAGAUCUUGCCACUUCCAUUGUUACAGAAUUUACUUCACUCCCUGGAAUUAUGGCACGCCAUUAUGCUUCAAGGGAUGGUCUUCCAGAAGAGAUUGCAGAAGCACUGUUUGAGAUAACACUUCAUAGGUUCUCUGGCAAUGUUUUCCCAAAAACAGAUGCUGGUAUAGUCCUUGCGGUUGCUGAUAGAUUGGACAGCCUAGUGGGUCUGUUCGGAGCUGGAUGUCAGCCAAGUUCUUCGAACGAUCCAUUUGGACUGAGAAGGAUCUCUUAUGGAUUGGUUCAAAUAUUGGUUGAGAAUAAGAAGAACUUUGACCUCACAAAGGCCUUGACCUUGGCGGCACAGGUGCAGCCUAUAAGAAUAGACAAUGACGUUAUAAAUGAGGUAGUGCAAUUUGUAACACGGAGACUGGAACAACUUUUGGUGGAUGAGGGAAUUAACUAUGAAAUAGUUCGGUCGGUGCUUAUGGAGCGUGCGAACUGCCCUUAUCUGGCAUCACAAACGGCAGCUGAAAUGGAAGCAUUCUCAAGAACUGAAGAUUUCCCAAAAAUCGUUGAGGCGUAUUCUAGGCCAGUUCGAAUUAUACGUGGGAAGCAACUCGAGUCUGCUUGGGAGGUUGACACAAGCGUAUUCGAGAAGGACGAAGAAAAAGCCUUGUGGAGCGCCUAUUUGGAGGCUGUCGACAAGAUCCAUCCUGGUGUUGACGUCAAAACCUUCAUCGAGGCCUCCCUGCUUUUGAUACAGCCUCUGGAAGAUUUCUUCAACAAUGUUUUUGUCAUGGCGGAAGAUGAGAAGAUCCGCAACAACCGGCUGGCACUACUACAAAAGGUUGCGAGUUUGACGAAGGGGAUAGCUGACCUCUCGGUUUUACCAGGGUUUUAGUUAGCCUUGUAGCGCUGAGAGCGUGCGUCCCAUUUUUGAGCUGGUGUCAUUAAGUUGGAGCCAUUUUCUUUUUUGUACUUUUGUUACUGGUCAUUCAUCUGGUGGAAAAUUACUGGGAGAAGAAUGAGAAUGUAACUACACGGGAUCGUCUUUGAUUGGAGGAUAUCAGUUAUGAGGUGUAACUACAAGACGAACCAAUAGACAAAAUGGGGUGUUGUUUAUGCUAGUUGUUAAAUGCAUUUUCUUCUUCUGUGUUGUGUUGCUGAUAUUAUCUGGGGCCGUCUUUGAUUGGAGGAUGGUGACCCAGAGAAAAUUUAUUUGGCAUUCAUUUAGAUCUUACCAAUUUCAAGCAGAUCGGGCGGGCGCUCCUUGAUGUUGAGAUUUGUUGGUCGAUGUAUAACUUUGUUUGAAGAAGAUUGAAACAUUUGCAGCUAGCCUUUCUUCCUUUUGUCUGUUGGUUCCUGAUCACUUUGGUUAAUCUUGCAGC